AUGAUUUUGGGGGCACAGCCGAGACCCGGGGCACCGCCCGCGCCCCCAAGCACGAACGCAAACGCCCCCAAUAAAUUGACGCGUAGCACCGAUUUUUCGAUAGCGGCUAUCAUGUCGAAAGCCAAGCGGGACAGGGAGCGGCAGCAGCAAAAUUUGUCCCCGACCAACGAAGACGUCGAAGACAUCGAGGUCGACGUCGAACAGUGUUCGGACAGCGAAUCUACCGCCAAUUCGACCCACACGACGAGUCCCUCCUCGAUCAACAUCAACAUCAACAACAACAAUUGUCCGAGGAUCGUUGCUAAACAGCAACAGCAACAUCAACAGUCCAACAAUAGUAACAACAGUAUCAGUGGUGGUAAUGUUUCGGCCGGCAAUCCCGCCGGGAACAAGAGUAAUAAUCCGAACGAGAGCGGUACGGAGCAGACGCCGCCGAACAGCCCGAGCGGCAGCGAGAGGCUCAGCCCGGACAUACCCAUGAGAGGAGACAGGUGUAACAGUGACGACCUGCGAUCGGUCCGGUGUCAUUUAGAAACGAAAGAUCUUUGGGACAAAUUCCACGAUCUCGGGACAGAAAUGAUCAUUACCAAAACUGGAAGGCGAAUGUUUCCGACUCUUCGAGUAUCCUUCUCCGAUCUGCCCCUGGCGUCGUCGUCCUCCUGCACCAGUGGCGGCGGCGGAGUUCAGUCCUCCUCCGUCCGCUACGCUGUCCUCCUGGACGUCGUAGGGACCGACCUGAGGAGGUACAGGUACGCCUAUCACAGGUCGUCGUGGCUGGUUGCAGGCAAAGCAGAUCCUCCUGCUCCUGCCAGACUCUAUCAUCAUCCGGACUCUCCUUACAGCGCGGAGCAGCUGAGGAAGCAGGUCGUCUCCUUCGAGAAAGUCAAGCUGACCAACAACGAACUGGACAAGAACGGACAGAUUGUUCUCAACUCAAUGCACAAGUACCAGCCCCGCAUCCACCUGGUUCGUCUGCCGACGCAAUCGACGUGCGUGCCGACGAAUCCCCAAGAGCUGGAGGCGAUGGAGCACCACACGUACGUCUUUCCCGAGACCAUAUUCACGGCGGUGACCGCCUACCAGAACCAACUGAUAACCAAGCUGAAGAUCGACAGCAACCCUUUUGCGAAGGGGUUUAGGGACUCCAGUAGACUUACGGACUUCGACAGAGACCCAAUGGACGCCCUACUCCUAGAGCAGCACCUCCGUUCACCCUCUACGUCUGUUCCCAGACUCCUUGCUAGCCCACGCGCACUCACCCUACCAUCUAGCAGCCCAAACAACACACCAGUCCCUGAGCCAACAAAUAGCCCAACACCAACAAAACCUAGCCCAAUCAUCGAACUCCCAAGAAGACAGCAUCCUAGACAAAGCAGCCCGAGCCCACAUGAUCUGGGCCCAGAAUCUAGCCCACCAAAGCCUAGCCCAAAACCAGGGGCAAACAGACCCUGA